AUGGAGUCCGCGGAGGAGCUGGCCGGCCAGCUGGAUGAUGCGAUUGAUCUGUAUGAGCAGCAGGUGUCUGAGCUGCAGCAGGGGCUGUCGGAGAACCCAGACGAGCGGGAGCAGGCUAGUGAGGCUUUAGAGCUGCUGGCGCAGCUGGAGGAGGCGCUGAGGGAGGCGAGGGAGGCGCGUGCUUCGCUGCAGGCCGGCCUUGGCGCACCCCCGCAGGGGCGCGACAACGCGACACAUUCAAACGGGGCAGCGCCGGCCAGUGACGUGGCGGCGGCGCCUCAGGUGGAGGCAGAGGCGGCAGGCGGGGCUGAUGAAAGCGGUCACAUGCGGGACAGGUCAGCGCCGACGCGGAUGCACCCGGAGAACUUCUAUUUCGACCGGGAGCCGGACUUUGCGGCCCUAGCGGAGCGCUACCCGGCGCUGAGGCCGUUCCUUGUGCAGCCGCCUUUGGGCGGCCGCCCCACCCUGGACUGGACGAGUUGGCACGCCACCCGCGAACUGACCCGCACGCUGCUGGCCGCUGACUACGGCGUCACCUGGUCACUGCCGGACGGCCAGCUGGUGCCGCCGGUGCCGAACAGGGCCAACUAUAUCCAUUGGAUCCAGGACCUGCUGCAGCUGUCAUCACCACCAGGUGGGGCGCCAAUCAAUGAUGGGACGUAA